UCUCGCGUCUUAAAUAUAUUCCUUACGUUUAAGGUAAACUGUUUCACGUGGAAGGCCUAAAAAUGGAUAUACCCGAACCAUCCAUUCAGAAUUUACUGGAUGCAAAAACACUUCGUUGGAUUUUUGUGGGUGGCAAAGGAGGUGUUGGCAAGACCACAUGCAGUUGCUGUAUUGCGACUGAACUGGCCAAAGUCCGUGAGCGCGUGCUUAUUCUCAGUACAGACCCUGCUCACAACUUAUCUGAUGCCUUCGAUCAGAAGUUUUCCAGAACACCAACCAAAGUGAAAGGUUUUGAUAACCUAUAUGCCAUGGAAAUCGACCCAAAUCUUAAUCUCACGGAGCUCGAAGAAGACUUGGUAGGCUCUGAAGAGGCUGCGCUUUCGGCCGAUAUUCGUCGGAGCAUCACGCACCUGAUGACCUCUUUUCCGGGAAUUGACGAAUACAUGUCAUACACAGAGGUGUUUCGACUCGUGAGGAACUUGGACUACUCUGUGGUGAUAUUCGACACGGCACCAACUGGGCAUACUCUCCGUCUGUUGGCUUUUCCAGAAGCAAUGGAAAAGAGUCUAACCAAAGUGGUUGCGAUGAAAAAUCAAGUGGCGCCGUUUUUGAAUCAGAUGAUGAGCUUUCUCGGGAUGAACAACUUACAGAGCAGCGAUUUAACCAAUGCUCUUGAGAGCCGUCUUCCAAUCGUGAAAGAGAUCACUCGACAGUUCAAGGAUCCGCAACAGACUACUUUUGUCUGUGUCUGCAUUCCAGAAUUUCUCAGUAUGUAUGAGACCGAACGCCUUGUUCAGGAAUUGACGGCUCAGGACAUCGAUGUGCACAACAUAAUCGUCAACCAGCUUCUGUUCCCAAACUUACUCUCACCUGCUGAUCAUCACAGCGAAAGUACAGGCGAUCCGAAUACGUGUCGCAACCCCAAACCACCAACUUCGUGUCGUAUGUGCACUGCUCGUCAUAAAAUCCAGUCGAAAUAUUUGGAACAAAUCUUGGAAUUGUAUGAAGAUAUGCAUGUGGUUCAGUUGCCUCAACUGGAAGAAGAGGUACGCGGAGUGGAGUCAGUGAAGGCUUUUGCAAGAAAUCUACUUGUUCCAUUCCGACGAUAGUCUACAUAUCCGAACCUUCAUGCGCUUGUUGCUCGUGCUGUCGCCAUUUCACCACUGACAUCUGCAGGGCAGCGGUUCAGCAUAGCAAGAACAUCAUUGAAAUGCUCUCUGUCUACUGUUGCAUCUGUGAUUUGAAAGUGUACAAAAUUAUUUGGACCUUUCAAGUGGACCUGUUUCUCAGAAUGAUAUCAUCACUCGUUUCAUUCGGCUGCCCUCAUAUGUGCUCAUGAAUAAAGCGGUUCUCUGAAUCACCUGAUUUGUUCGAUGCAUCAACAAGUGCUUAUUGUCAGUUCUUAUACACACCCGUUUAUCUCCAGCUUACCAGUGACUAGCCGUCUGUCCAUUAUGUAGGAAAUUAUUCUACAAAACGUCGCAAUUUUUU